GAAGUUGUACCAGGCUCUGGCUCAAGGUCGAGAGGCUGUGGUUGGAGACAGAGAAGAGGUGAAGAUGAUCCUCCAGAACAGACAAAUCAGCAGAAAAGGAUUGAAAUGGCUGCUCAUCAACAAGUUCAUCCCCUCCUUGAUCCAAGAUGGCCCUCAGUGUGGGUUGGUGGCACUGAGGAUGGCUGGACACUUGCUGGACCCCCACAGAGCUGUGAGUCUGGACGAGAUGGUCAGUCUGGCUGUGGCCAGAGGCUACACUGUUCAAGGCGAGAUGUUCUCAGCUAUUGACAUGAAGAGCCUCGCUGAGGAGCUGUAUCCAUGCCAGGGACACCUCCUCACUGAAGGCUUAGCGGGCAGCAACAGAACCAUCAUCAUCAACCACCUAGUGAACGGCUAUCCCGUAUUGCUACCAUAUGACGAGGAUUUCAAUCAUGAACCUUGCCAGCGAGGUGGACACAGAGCUCACUGGGCAGCGGUUUCAGGGGUGCUGCUGGGGAUGGAGAGAGAACUCAGUAAGAGCGGUUACAAGGAGGAUGUUGAUGUCCCCGGCCUUUUCCACCCGGACACGAUCUCCGUAGAAGCUGGUUACCCCGGGGACUCGGUGAUCGAGACCCAUCUGCUGGCAAAGCAGGGCAAGAGUCUGAGGUACCAGAUGUGGGAGUAUCAGAGGGUUCUCGAGAGCAACGCUCAGCUGAGGGAGUUUGACCCCAAACGAGCGACUGAUGGAACUGCCUAUGUGGUGCCCAAGGGUGGGGUGCAAUCGGGACUGUGUGGGAAUGUCCUGCUCCUGGUGCCGCUGUCCCUCCCUCACCCCCCACUCAGGACUUGAGCUCAUAAUCCAGGCUAACGCGCCAACACAACAUGAGAACUGCUAGACGGAAGAAUGUGUCAGAUGUCUUGUCAGAUGCCUGGUUGACCUCCCAAAAAACAAACACGGGAGCUCUCCCAAUUU